AUGUUUUGGCAUCAAAAUCGCUAUCUCACAUCUUCACAUAUAAUUAUUGGACGAGCAGAUUGGAAAACAUCAAAUUAUGUCUCAACAACAAAAUAUAACAUUAUCACAUUCAUUCCUGUAUUUUUAUUUUAUCAAUUUAAAACAUUUGGAAACUGGUUCUUUCUUAUGAUUUGUAUCGUGCAGUUUUUUCCAAAUUUAAAUCCUUACGGUACGAAUACAACUAUUGUACCUCUUGUUAUUAUCAUUCUAGCAGCGGCAGCAAAAGAAAUUUUCGAAGAUUUUGGACGUCUGGUAGCAGAUCGUCGCGUAAAUCGACAAUUUGUGUUAAUUUGUAUACAAGAUGAAUAUGCAAAAAAAUGGAAAUGGAAAAAGAUUCAUUGGGCUCAAUUAAAAGUUGGCCAAGUAGUGAAAAUUAUGAAAAAUGAAUUUAUCCCAGCAGAUAUUGUAUUACUUUCAUCAAGUGAACCAGCUGGUGUAGCAUAUAUUGAAACAAGUAAUUUGGAUGGUGAAACAAAUCUGAAAAUUCGUCAAGCAUUACCACAAAUUGCUCAAAUAAUUGAUGAUGAUGAUAGAAUUAUGGAAUUUUGUUCAUCGUUAUCGAAGAUAGAAUGUGAUCCGCCAAAUCCAGCACUAUAUGAAUUUCAUGGUGUUAUCAAAAUUAACAAUUCAUCUGAAAUAUUAAAAAAGGGAAAUGAUGAAAAUUCUAAAACGAAUUGUUCCCUCGGAACAAAUCAACUAUUGCCUCGUGGAUGCAAGCUACAAAAUACUGAUUGGGUUUAUGGUGUUACGGUAUAUACCGGUCGUUGCACAAAACUUGUACUGAAUACAAGCGGUACUCGUACAAAAGUUUCAUUAGUGGAACGAAUAACCAAUUGUAUGAUGAUGAUUCAGUUUGGAUUCUUAGUUUUUAUGGCAUUAUUUAACGCAUGCAUGGGUUGUAGUAGUAUUAAUAAAAUGUAUUAUUAUCUUCCAUAUUUCCAUGGAAAUUUUCGUCGUUUACACAUCUUGCCAACACUUGUCGGUUUAAUAAUAUUUUAUUCUGGUUUAAUACCGAUCAGUUUGAAUAUUACACUUGAAAUGAUUCAAUUAUUCCAAGCUUAUUUUAUUCAACAAGAUUUAAAUCUUUAUGAUAAGAAUUCUGAUAUAAAAGCUGAAGUGCGAAGUUCAAAUUUAAAUUCACAACUUGGACAAGUACGUUAUAUUAUCAGUGAUAAGACAGGUACAUUAACACAAAAUAAGAUGCGCUUUAAAAUGUGUACCAUUGGUGGUAUUAAAUAUGGUUCAAUGAUGACAGAGAAAUUUACUGAUGAAGCAAUUCUUGAUGAUUUAAUCAAUAAUGCUGGUAAUGCUAAAUCCAUACGUGAUUUUUUAACGUUAUUAGCAAUUUGUCAUAUGGUUGUUCCGGAAAAAGUUAUAAAUUCGGAAUUAGAAAAAAUAAUUUAUCAUUCACCAUCACCGGAUGAAAAAGCAUUAGUUAAAGGUGCAAAAGAUCUCAAAUUUAUCUUUCAUACACGAACACCACAAUGUGUUUAUAUUGAAGCUAUGGGUAAGCAAGAGAAGUAUGAUAUAUUACAUAUAUUAGAAUUUACAAGUAAUCGAAAACGAAUGGGUGUUAUUGUACGAUGUCCAGAUAGGAAGUUAAAAUUAUACAUUAAAGGAGCUGAUAGCGUUAUUUUUCCACGAUUAGCGCUAAAUUCUGAUAAAUAUUCAGUUAACAAAACAGCAGAACAUUUGGUAUAUUUUGCUAAUCUUGGUUUACGUACGUUAUGCAUGGCAAUGUGUAUUCUUAGUGAAGAAGAAUAUGAGAAAUGGGAGCCUGGUUAUCAUCGCGCAAGUACUGCGCUUGAAAAACGUGAAAUGCUGAUUGAAGAGGAAGCGGAAAAAAUUGAAAAAAAUCUUGAAUUACUUGGUGCAUCAGCUAUUGAAGAUAAGUUACAGAAGGGUGUCAAGAAAACAGUCGAACAUUUGAUUGAAGGUGGUAUUAUAGUUUGGGUUUUAACAGGUGAUAAAUUAGAAACAGCACAAAGUAUUGGCUAUUCAUGUGGUUUAAUUGAUCCAUUCACACCCAUUCUGGUACUUGGCGAAAGAAAUGCCGAAGAAACAGCUAACAAAAUUAACAUAUAUCUUGAGAAUUUUGCAAAUAAAAAAAUUAAAACUUCAUUAAUUGUUAGCGGCGAGAGUCUUAAUCAUGCUUUAAUGAAGCAAUAUAAAAUGCAAUUUUUACACCUGGCUUCUUUAUCAUCAACGGUUAUUUGUUGUCGUUGUUCACCGGCGCAAAAGGCCUCUGUUGUAAAAGCAUUAAAAAAUUGGUCCGAUGGUACGGUACUAGCAAUUGGCGAUGGUGCUAAUGAUGUAGCAAUGAUACAGGAAGCUGAUAUUGGUGUUGGAAUAAGUGGUGAAGAAGGUUUGCAAGCAUCACUUGCAGCUGAUUACUCUAUUGCACAGUUUCGAUUUCUGGAACGUCUUAUAUUUGUUCAUGGAGCUAUUAAUUAUCAUCGUAUCACAAAAACUAUUUUAUACUUUUUUUACAAAAAUAUUGUUCAAACUCUAACAAUGUUCUUUUAUGAAUUUCAUACAUUAUUUGCUGAUUCGGCAAUAAUGGAUAGUUGGUCGCUGGUAAUGUUUAAUAUAUUUUUUACUAGUUGGCCACCAUUGGCAAUUGGUAUUUGGGAUCGAUUAUUCCCAUUUGAAGUGAUGAUCGAUUAUCCAGCACUUUAUCAUUUAUCACAGAAUAGUGAAGGAUUUUCGCUUAAAGCUUAUUUUAUCUGGGCAUUCACUGGCUUAGUGCAUGCUACAGUAAUUUCUUUGAUUGCAUAUCAAACAUUUAAAAAUGAUGUCAUAUGGUAUAAUGGUCGCGUGGCCAAUUAUUACGUCAUGGGAACCGUUAUUAACAUUGCUGUUGUACUAAUCGUCAAUUUAAAAGCUAUUAUUGAAACUGACUCUAUCACCAUUAUGUCAUGGAUAGCCCUAUUUGGUUCAAUCAUUAUGCUAUUCAUUUUCUUUUUUUCCUACAGUUUAACAUCACCUGCUAGUCCAAUUAUUAAAGUUCAACCAGCCAUGGCUGAUACUAUACUUCAUGUACUGACUUCACCUGUCACAUAUUCAUAUAUUAUAUUUGUCACAUCAGUAUCUCUAUCAUUCGAUCUAAUUGUUAAAUUAUUACAAAGAUCAUUGUAUCGAACAAUUAGAGACGAAGUCGUUUCACGAGAAUUUGAUGUGAAACAAUUCAAUGAUCUCUAUUAUCCACUUGUUAAAGUAAAACAAAUUGUUACUAAAGCGUCUGAAUCAGCUUUGAGCCUUGUCAAUAUACAAACAAAACAACGUGGCUAUUCAUUUGCUCAAGAAGAUGAACCAGCUAUAUCACAAAGUGAUGUUGUACGAUUGUAUGAUUCUCGAAUGCCAAAGAUUUCUAAAAACCGAUGA